ACAUGAGGAAAAGGUCCCUUGGGCUGGAGGACCCGUCCCAGCUGCGGGGCCACUACCUGGGAAGAAGAUAAUUUAUCCAAAUAUUGAAACUUGAAGCAACCCUAAAUGUGCAUGUUGGCUGUGUUAAUACAAUCUGUUGGAAUGACACUGGAGAAUAUAUUUUAUCUGGCUCAGAUGACACCAAAUUAGUAAUUAGUAAUCCCUACAGCAGAAAGGUUUUGACAACAAUUCAUUCGGGGCACCAAGCAAACAUAUUUAGUUCAAAGUUCUUACCUUGCACAAAUGAUAAACAGAUUGUAUCCUGCUCUGGAGAUGGAGUAAUAUUUUAUACCAAUGUUGAGCAAGAUGCAGAAACCAACAGACAAUGCCAAUUUACAUGCCACUAUGGAACUACUUAUGAGAUUAUGACUGUACCCAAUGACCCUUACACUUUUCUCUCUUGUGGUGAAGACAGAACUGGUAGGUGGUUUGAUACAUGCAUCAAAACUAGCUGCACAAAAGAAGAUUGUAAAGAUGAUAUUUUAAUUAACUGUUGACGUGCUGCCACAUCUGUUGCUAUUUGCCCACCAAUACCAUAUUACUUUGUUGUUGGUUGUUCUUAUAGCUCAGUACAAAUAUAUGAUUGGCGAAUGCUGGGCACAAGAGCUACAGGGAAUUAUGCAGGUUGAGGGACUACUGGAAUGGUUGUCCAUUUUAUUGCGUCCCAUCUUAAUAAGUCCUGCAGUGUGACAUUUCUGUGUUACGGUGAAGAUGGUCAAGAGAUUCUCAUUAGUUACUCUUCAGAUUACAUAUAUCUUUUUGACCCGAAAGAUGAUACAGCACGAGAACUUAAAACUCCUUCUGUGGAAGAGAGAAGAGAAGAGUUACGACAAUCACCAGUUAAGCGUUUGAGACUUCGUGGUGAUUGGUCAGAUACUGGACCCAGAGCAAGGCCUGAGAGUGAACAAGAACGACAUGGAGAGCAGAGUCCCAAUGUGUCAUUGAUGCAGAGAAUGUCUGAUAUGUUAUCAAGACGGUUCGAAGAAGCAAGUGAGGUUGCACAAAGCAAUAGAGGAUGAGGAAGAUCUUGACCCAGAGGUGGAACAAGUCAAUCAGAUAUUUCAACUCUUCCUGUGGUCCCAUCAAGUCCUAAUUUGGAAGUGAGUGAAACUGCAAUGGAAGUAGAUACUCCAGCUGAACAAUUUCUUCAGCCAUCUACAUCCUCUACAAUGUCAGCUCAGGCUCAUUCGACAUCAUCUCCCACAGAAAGCCCUCAUUCUGCUCCUUUUUUAUCUUUGCCAGACAGUGAACAACGGCAGUCUGUUGAGGCAUCUGGACACCACACACAUCAUCAGACUGAUUCACCUUCUUCUGUGGUUAACAAACAGCUCAGAUCCAUGUAA